GCUCCGCUACCGGAAGCAAGAAGUUCUUGGAUUCGUUCUGUACACCGACGAACGAUUGCAGAACGAGUUGUACAACACGGCGUUGACAGUCAUUCACGACGACCUGCAAGAGAUUCUGCGAGUCUUGCCUGCUGGUGUUCUCACUCGACUUCGUUCUCAUCCUCUGUGCAUUUGGGUCAACUUGGACAACGGUGUACGCAAGAAAGGCUGCUGUUGUCAUCACGUGGACCUUCCCGAUGAAUACAUGAAGUGCAAGUCGCAUUCUGUGGAGACCUUUGACAUCCGCGACUAUUUACAGCAGACAGAGGUACAACCGGCUCAGUUGUUGCACGAAAUCUCGCACUGGGUGCACUUCGACAUAGUCCGCAAGGAAUGCAGCGCGUCGCAGAGUAGCAAGUGGAGAUCGAGUUCCGGUCGGAUCAUUCUGCCGGAGAACCAAACUAUUCUGAAGGAGACGUCGGAUGAAGGGCCUAUCUAUAGAGUCUGUGGCUUUGAAAAUGCGUGCUUGAAUGGCAGGUAUGUACUGGAUAAGUCAUCUUUGGGAUCACCUGGCUUCCCGAGAUUGAUCAAACUGCAAGGCGGCAGAGAUGUCACAGAAGUAGCAUGCCGAUGCACGGAUCGCAGCUCGGCACGGGACACCCUAGCUCCGGAUCGCUGGCAUUUGGAGGUUAGUGGCCAGGCCUUGGCAUACCGCAUAGGCACAGACUUCGGCAUGAGAGUAUCUGGUUGGUAUGAGUGGAUCGAUGCAGCCUGGUGUCCCACCACAGCCUGCGCCACUGCAGUCUUGAGCAAUGAAGCUGCAACAGCCCAUGUGGAAGGUUUCCAUGAGCAUGCCCUGAAUGGUCUCUAUGUAGAACUGGAGACGCUCCAGUCAUUUCAUGUGCGCAGGUGCACAGAUGAUGAAGUCAGUCAGAGACAACGAACAGCCAGGACGUGGCUGAAGGCGUCCGCCGGUGGUCCUGACUUUACAUUGCGUUUCACGAACAGACGCGGCGACAUUGCAGAGGGGACGAAUGCACUUCCGUUUGACAGGUGCAAGUCGAAAGUUGAGGGGUCUUAUAAGAUUCCUCGAAUGACCUAA